UGUGCGCGUUGUUCCCGUGAAGCUGAACCUCGGCCUCGACGGUGGCAGAGCUGCUGCAAGGAGCUGGGGUCUCGCCGUUGGCUGUCAGCCACUCGACAAGAAUGCGGAGCACCGUGGACGAAGGAGACCCUCACGGUUACGGCACCGUUGGCUUCGAAAUGGUCAAGUGGGAAUGGGUCCAUGUGCAAGGACCCUAUCUGGUAGUAGUGUGGAUAUUGGUCGCCAGUUUGGCUAAAAUAUUGUUCCAUCUCUCAAGCAAGGUGACGACUGUGGUGCCAGAAAGCUGUCUGCUGAUUUUACUGGGUUUGGGCCUUGGGGGCAUUGUCCUUGCAGCAGCCAAGAAACCAGAGUACCAACUGGAACCAGACACAUUCUUUCUCUUUCUUCUACCACCAAUUGUGUUGGACUCUGGAUACUUCAUGCCAAGCAGACUGUUCUUUGACAACUUUGGAGCAAUUCUGAUGUAUGCAGUGAUUGGCACCCUCUGGAAUUCAUUUGCCACAGGAACGGCACUUUGGGGCAUAAAGUUAGCAGGUCUCAUGGAUCCCAAAGUAGAAGCUGGUUUGCUUGAAUUUCUGCUUUUUGGCAGUUUGAUAUCUGCAGUGGACCCUGUGGCAGUAAUAGCUGUUUUUGAGGAAGUCCACGUCAAUGAAACGCUAUUCAUCAUUGUGUUUGGAGAGUCGCUGCUUAAUGAUGCCAUAACUGUUGUACUCUAUAAAAUGUUCAAUUCUUUUACAACCAUUGGUAUAGACAAUAUACAGGCUGUGGAUUACAUCAAGGGUUUAGGUUCAGUCUUCGUGGUGAGCUUGGGUGGAACUGCUGUAGGAAUUACCUUUGCCUUUCUGCUGGCCCUCAUCAGCCGUUUUACUAAACGGGUCCGCAUCAUUGAGCCGCUCUUUGUGUUCCUGAUUGUUUACUUGGCCCAUCUCACAGCUGAAAUGAUCUCACUCUCCUCCAUCUUGGCUGUCACUUUCUGCGGCCUGUGUUGCAAAAAGUAUGUGGAAGCUAACAUUUCACAGAAGUCACGCACAACUGUAAAAUAUACAAUGAAGACAUUAGCCAGCAGCUCAGAAACAAUUAUCUUCAUGCUGCUGGGAAUCUCUGCUGUGGACACAUCGAAAUGGACCUGGGACACGAGUCUUGUUCUCUUCACACUUCUUUUCAUAUUUGUCUUCAGGGCAAUAGGUGUAAUCCUACAGACCUGGGUAGUAAAUCAUUUCCGGCUUGUCCCGUUGGACAGAAUUGACCAGGUUGUUAUGACGUACGGUGGCUUAAGAGGUGCUGUGGCUUUUGCAUUGGUCAUACUUCUCAAUGGUCAGGUUAUCAAGGCAAAGGACUAUUUUGUUGCAACAACGAUCACUGUUAUAUUUUUCACAGUGAUUGUUCAGGGGUUGACGAUCAAACCUCUUAUUAAAUGGCUGAAGGUAAAGCGUAGUGAUCAUCACAAGCCAACGUUGAAUGAAGAGUUACAUGAACGUGCUUUUGACCAUAUUCUGGCAGCUGUAGAAGACAUUGUAGGUCACCAUGGUUACCAUUAUUGGAGAGAUAAAUGGGAACAGUUUGACAAGAAGUACUUGAGACAGAUGUUGAUGCGGAAGUCGGCCUACAGGAUCAAGGAUGAUAUUUGGGACGUUUACCACAAGUUGAAUAUACGCGAUGCUAUCAGCUUUGCUGACCAGGGAGGUCACAUGACAUCAGGAAAAUUCUCAUUUGCAUCAAUGCCAAGUCGAACAUCUUUCUCUGAAACAUCUGUAACAAACCUCCUGAGAGAAAGCGGUAGUGCAGUUUGUCUAGACUUGCAAGUGAUUGACACAGUGAGGAGUGGCAGAGAUCGGGAAGACACAGUGAUGCACCAUGUCUUGAGAGAGAACCUGUACAAACCAAGGAGAAGGUACCAGGGAAAUUACAGUCGGCACUUCAUUGCUCAAGGCGAACAAGAAAGGCAAGAAAGGGAAGUUUUCCAACGAAACAUGAGAAGUCGUCUCGAGUCAUUCAAAUCCACCAAACAUAAUGUCUACCCUUCAAAGAACAAAUGCAGACAUAAAAAGGAGUACAAAUGUCAGAAAAAGAGAAAUGCUGAAGGUGCAAAUGGCCAAGUACCUAAUGAUAAGUUGCGGAGAAACGUCAGCUGGCAUGAUACAAUUCCAGUUUUUGUCGAAGUUGACUCUGAAGAUGAGGAAAAAGAUGACCCUGUGAAGGUAAAUGAGCAGGAGGAUGACGAGGGCAUCACCUUCAUGGCACGUACACGGGAUGUGAAUUUACAAGAAAGAAAAAUCUCAGGUAAUUCUGAAUAUCUUCAAAGCCCAAGCGUUAUCCCACUAUCUCCCACUUCUGCUGAGAAAGAGCUUCCCUGGAAAGGUGACACAAGUAACCUGUCAGCCUGUGUCUCUGUGGAAACUACCAAGAUUGUGCCAGUCGACUUGCAGAAUGCCUGGGAUCACAGCAUAUCAUCGCUUGAGAGCCUAGUCUCUCCUACUAUGUCUGAUGUAGUGUUUCAGCCAAGGACCUUGAACUUCAUGCAGUCGGCCUCAGCUGACCUGCCACGGCAUCGCGUCCACUUCCAGUUUCCUGAUGUUUGUACAGCUGGCGAAAGGCGUGUUGAUGAGGAUACAGUUGAGUUUGUUCAGCAGCAGGAGCUGCAGCCACUUAUGCUCACUGAGGAUGAUAGCAGACCAGCUCCAUCAGCUGGGUUUGUAAGUACCAGAUGGUCCACUUCAUUCAACAGGCCUUCCUGUGUCUCAGCACUGAAAUCUUUGGUUACCUCGACACAAUACAUCACUAAACAAUCUGAGAAGUCUGGUAAUAAACAGACAGAACUUUAAUUUCAUUUCAAGCUAGAAAGAGGAAUAUAAAAGGACCAUGGCACUUUAGUUUCAUAAACCAUUGAGCAUGUGCUUUGAAAUACUGGAGAAUCUUAAGCCAUUCUGAGGCUUGAAACUCUGAAAAUGUUAGCAAACAAGUAUAUAUUUGUAUUAUAUUUAUGUGAUUAGUUUCUAAUACUUCUAUGGAAAUGGAAGUGUUUGAUCUUCAGAUUUGAAUGCUGCAGAGACAUUUCCUUGAUGUGGUUACACAGAAUGCAAAAUAGUUUCCAGUUCUAUGCGACCCAUUUCUGGGGUGGGGAGGGUGAAGAGAUUGCAAGGCAUCUGUCUCAAGCAGAUGGAAUUAUAUGAAAUAACAGUCAAGGAUUGAGACAAACCAUAGAGGGCUGCUGAAUGAUCAACAAGGGAUGUCAGAGAUCAUUGUCUUCCCAAUCAAACAUAGUUAUAGGGAGACUGAUUUGAUCCUUUUAAUUGGUUGGGAUCCUUUUACAUAAAGUCACAAUAAAAGUGAGGAGAUGGUCUAACUAAGCAUGUAGUUACCCUUCCGUGGGCUUGUUACUCUCCUUUUGGCAAUGGGCAGUUUGGAAAGUAAAUUGAGUCUACACCAGAGGAAGGCAUUGUCUACUUUCAAAGCUUCAGUACAAUAGAGCUCCUUAGGUGAGAAUCUGCUCGUCUAAACAGAGCAGAGGGUAAUGCUGGAGCUCUAUUAUUUAAUGAGAGAAUGUAUUUGAUACAGAGAAAGAAAUCUGUUGACAGUAGGAAAGCAACAAUGAAGUGGUUUGGUGCCCAAAAAUGGCAAAAGGAAUACAUUCCAGAGAAGUGUGAUGCAUUUUGAUGGGGCAAGAUGAUGCACCAUAAAUGAUUGAAUCCAUAGCAAGAUAUUCAUGCAUAAGCACUUAACUCUUUCUUUUACUUACACAGAUGUUGCAUGACUUUCAAUAUUUAUCGCACUCACUUCUGUUUUUUUAAAAGAUUUCCAGCAUCGUCAGUAUUUUGCUUUAGAGUAUAGCCAUUCCUUGAUUUAUAAAAUGGGCAUUUUAAUACUUCCUAUGGGUGGAGGGUUCUGUGUCAAUUGUUAUUAAAAAUCAUAGGUUUGGAAGUUGAAGAUAUGUACCUCAAAGAGUCAAUAACAUUUUAGGGAGAAUUUGAAACAUUUGUACAUUGAGGAACACCUGUACUAAAUAUUGUGAAAGAACAGAGUGAAUGUCCAGUAUUUAAUGAAGGUAGAUAUAAUGGUGAGGAAGGCAGAUGGGUUACCUGAUUUUAUUGGCUGAGUUAGUGAGUAUAAUAUUGAGGACUUAAUGCUAAAAUUGCAUAAAACACUAGUUAAACCACAGCUCAAGUGGUGUAUAUAGCCUAUUAUGCAUAAAGGAUGUGACAGAACUAAAAAGAAAGUACAGAGGAAAUUUACAAAUAACUUGCCAAGAGUUUGACAAAUUUGAUUAUAAUGAAAGGUUGUCAAGACUGAGGUUGUUUUCUUUGGAGCCAAGAAGGCAAAGAGGAAAUUUAAUAGCAAAAUAAUGAAUUAUGAGACUGGGGUGAUCUGAAGGGCUUUUGCCAUAUAGUCAAUAAGUAGGUUACAUAGUUUUAAGUUAAUAUAGAAAAAUUGAAAUUGAGUUGAGAAUUCUUUUGUUCCACUGACCUUUAUUGGUUUACAUGAAUAUGAUUAAGGAAUUACCUCGCCUGUUUGUGAAUUUCUAUGAUUGAAAUGUAUUUUAUUAUACCCCUUUCUACACUGUUCCAUUAAUUCAUCAGUUUUGCUUUUUAGUGUAACCUUUGUAGAUUUUGAAUCCAUUUUCCUAUCAUUACCAUGCUAUAUUAUUCCUGGCUGCUCUUGGAUUUGAUGCUCCAGCAUGCAAAUAAGUAUUCUUCUGCAUUUCUGACUGAGGUGAGGAGGAUGAAUUAAUGAGGGAUCAUCAAAUGAGGAGCAAUACGACUAACUUGUUAAUGCAUGACCACCAUUAACCCACUUACUCCAGUAAUAACCAUUCAUAAUAAAUAUAUCUCCACACAUCAGCAAGCCCUUGUAUUGUCUCUGCAAAGUCGUGUUUUUGGCUCUGUUAUUGGCACAUACCUAAAGUAACUGGUAGCAGGAUUAAUGAGGAAAAAAUGUUUCACCUAGAGCAUCAAAGAAAUCUGUAGCUCUCUGAAAGGGUAGUGAAAUAUACGAACACCAUUAUCUAAAUGGUGAGAGACUGAAGUGCACUGGGGAGGUGAGGGAUUUGGGUGUGCAAGUCUGUGGUUCACAAAAGCCCAGUCCGUAGACAGAGCUAAUAAUUAGGAAUGCUCAUUUACAGUAUUUACAGAAUAUUGAAUACAAAUGUAGGAAGCCUGUACUUCAGUUCUGUAGGGCAUUGGUGAAGUGCUAUAUACAGUAUUGAUCUUAUUUAAGGAAGGAUGCAAAUGCAAAAGUAGCAAUUCUCUUAAACAACAUUUUCGCAGGCUUAGAUUUUAUUAACAGAGGUAAAUGAUGUUCUUUUCUUCAUGGAGUUCAGGUUCAAGAUUUUAAUCUCAACUUCCUUUCCAAGUGUGGCAGCUGAUCUCAGUCAUGCCUCCUAGCUUGCUGCUCGCCACUGCAUUAGGGAACUUGCUCAGGUACUGCGUUCCUAUAAAAGUCAGCUCAUCAGUUUCAACUGAGGAACAGCUGGAAUACUGGGCAGUGUGAGACUUGUCACCUCUGCAUUUUUUUCUUAAGUGCAACAACUGGAGAUGUAUUCACGUGCCCAUUGUGGCUCACUUUAAUAAAACUGGAUCUUCUUAACUGCACUGCUUUCCACUUGCACAGUUUUCAAGUCAUGGUGGAUCAUCAGAAGAUUAUCAUUAUGGUCAAUGCAACAGAAGCAGAGAAUAUAUGCAAUGUCUUCAUCCUGGGAGAGAUCAAAUUGCCUGCUACUUUCAGCAGCCAACACUGACUGUCCUCAGAAGGAAAAGGGCAAUUUGCUAUUUCCCUUGUUUAAAAUGCCUGUUCAAAGCUGCAGCUGUGUACCAUACUGGAACCAGCAUCACCGAGAAAAAUGCAAACAGUCACUUGAAAAUGUAAUUGCUGUGCCUGAGUUAGUCAGGGGGCACCCUCUGAUAUUUUUGCAAAAGUUUUGAGGACCUUGUUAUCAUGCGUUGCCGACUAUACUACCUUGCUACCUAGAGAGAGCUGCUAACACCAUAGGAGGAGCAGCAAGGCCACGAGGCAAAGGCUGAAGAUCAGGGGAGCGGUGGUACUGGGCACCACAGUAGUGCAGCGAUGCUACUGCAGCUUGGGGUGUUCUGAAGUUGAGAGUUCAAUUCCAGUGCCGUCCUGUAAGGAGCCUCUGUAUGUCCUCCCGUGGAAAACGUGGACAUGGGUUUUCUCCAAUUUCCUCCCUCAGUCCAAAGGGUUACCCGUUAGGUUAAUUGGUCAUUGUAAACUGUCCUGUGAUUAUGUUAGGGUUAAUUGGAUUUGUUGGGGGUUUCUGAGGCGGUGUGGCUCAAAGGAAAAAGCUGUCAGUUUCAUAGGUAAUAUAGCAAAGCAGGCGUUCCACACUGUAUAACUAUAUAAAUAACAGCAGGAAAAUGUGCAGGAGGAUGAGAAUGGCAAAUGGGGAGACCAUCAGUCUCAACUCACAGCAGAGAGAGUAUUGACUCCCUGGGCAAUAAGGGACUCUUUGGAAGAGUGUUUACAAAUUAAGCAUGCAUCCUCUGAGCACUAGAAUCAUUAAUACCAAUGUAUCUCCCCAUGGUUCAGCAUUCCAUGAUUUUUGUAUCUCUCAUGGUGCCAGCCUCAUUUUACCAGACGUCCCAUGCUAUGGGAUAUCUGGUACAGUGAUCAUCUCCCUCCUCCUGCUCCUCUCCAUCUGCUCUAUCCUGUAAUUAUGGAGACUCUGGCAGGUGACUACACACACUACACUCAGUGUCUCCCUUCUGGCAUUUAUUUCACUCACCACAACCUUAAUUUCUACUAUUGAAAAGCUCCCGUCAAUGUCAAACACAUUGUGUGUUGCUGCUCUCUGGUUACCGCAGGGAAUGUGCACAGCAAAUUAUUUCCAACUGUGUCAAAUUGGUUGAGGCUUUGUAUUAGGAUCCACAAGCUCCUGUAUAAGUGCAGGACUCUGUGCAAGUGUUACCUUUAUCCAGUGCAAGUUCAUGGCACCAGGAAAGAGUGUAAUCUAACUUCUAGGCUCUCACCAGAAGAAAAAUGUGUUUUCCCUUCAUAACUUCUGGUUUCCAGUUAAGACCCCAUGAAUAACAGGAAGUAUUGCAACAGCCCUGACAACUGCUGAACUUGCACUGAUGCUGCCUCUGAGGUUUAGGCACAAUAAAACAUUAGUUUUUAAAAAUGAAAACACGAGGAAAUCUGCAGAUGCUGGAAAUUCAAGCAACACACACAAAAUGCU